UUUUCCAUAUCGUGCGGUUACUGCGACGGUUUUUUUCACAAAUAAAACGAAAAUUUUUUUCAUUUUACGUCGACACCGAAGCAACGCAACGAAAGUGAAUUGAAUUUACCGUAGUGUGUGGAUGUGUAAAGUGCAAGAUGAUCUUGGCAAAGGAUAGACCAAUUGAUCCCUAUACAUAUUGCAAGCCAAGUGGCCAGCGUCGCAUCUGUGAUCGGGCAGCCAGCCAUUGUUAUUUGAAACAAAGUCGCGGAUUCUUAUGGUUUAUACUGUGCAAUUUACUAAUGCCAACGAUACCAAAUGGCGGUCUUGGUGGUGGUAGCCUGGUGGGGGCCCAAUUGUUGAUCAAUGUGCAAAAUCAGGGCGGCGAGGUCAUUCAGGAGAGCAUCACAUCCAAUAUAGGCGAAGAUCUAAUAACUUUAGAGUUCCAGAAAACCGAUGGUACACUCAUCACCCAAGUCAUUGACUUUCGCAAUGAGGUUCAAAUCCUUAAGGCCUUGGUCUUGGGCGAAGAGGAACGCGGUCAAAGUCAAUAUCAAGUCAUGUGCUUCGCCACCAAAUUCAAUAAAGGGGACUUCAUUUCCUCGGAUGCCAUGGCCAAACUGCGCCAAAAAAAUCCUCAUACCAUACGCACGCCGGAAGAGGAUAAAGGUCGGGAGACGUACACGAUGAGCAGUUGGGUGCAAUUGAAUCGUUCAUUGCCCAUAACUAGACAUUUGCAAUCAUUAUGUACCGAGGCAAUGGAUGCCACAUAUGUGAGAGAUGUCGAUCUGAAGGCUUGGGCCGAAUUACCAGGCUCGUCAAUUUCCAGCCUAGAGGCAGCCACUGAAAAAUUUCCGGAUGCGCUGUCCACGCGUUGCAAUGAAGUGAGCAGCCUAUGGGCACCAUGUCUCUGUACGCUGGAGACCUGCAUCGGUUGGUAUCCCUGUGGACUUAAAUAUUGCAAGGGCAAGACGGCCGCUGUGGGGUCGGAUGCAUCCGGGGCCCAACAGCAGCAGCAGACGAAUUAUCGUUGCGGCAUCAAGACCUGCCGCAAGUGUACACAGUUCACCUAUUAUGUGCGACAGAAACAACAGUGCCUCUGGGAUGAAUGACGACGCGGCGAACUGCAGCUGAUGCAGAUGCAGAUGCGAUGUGCCAAGCGGCAGCAGCAUGACAAGGAGGAUGCUGCCUGUGAUGCGACAGCAGUAGCAGGGGCACCCACAACGAAUGCUAGCAGCAAAAGAACUGAGGGAAGACCUCCGCCCACUACAACAACUACAACGACCAACAAAUUACGGCAACUGCUUUUGUUGGUACAGCAGCAGAUGCCUUUUGCACUGUGGAGCUUUCCGGUCCAUCACAUUUCCCAUCAUCAUCAUCAUGAUGGCGUUGCCCCAACUACCGCCUCCACCUUGGCCCAACCAUCGUCAUCAUCAUCAUUAUCAUCGCCAUCAUCAUCAUCCACAAUGGCAGCCAUCGUCGCGUGAUAAUGGGAGCUGGGAAAAACCGCACUCACCACCGCUGUCCCUUCUCCUCUUCCACAUCCUGUUCCUCCUCCGCCCCUUGGUUCUUCCUCCUUCUAUACUCAAAUAAUAAAGUGAGUGUUGACACUGUUUCAGGUUAUAGUUUUUCGUGAUGUGUUGGUGCGCGACAAAAGUCGUCCAUAUACAGGUGUAUGUCUAUAUAUGUGUGAGUGUGUAUACUAUGUAUAUAUGUAUAUGUAAUUAUAUAUGAUUAGCUUACGUUUUACGCUUAUGCCAGAUUUAGGUUUAGGCUAGCUAACCCAAUAUUAUUACAAAAAAACUGAACAAAUUAAACAAAAAAAGAACUCGCAGUAU